UGUGUAAGCAUCUAUUCCGACAUUACAGAGGAGAGGAUGCAUGGGACAGUUGACCGGACCUGAUCAAAAUUCAGUAUUUUUUUGUAAAGAAAACCGUCAAUAACCAAAAAUAGGGAGCUAUGUUGAAUGGAAAUUGCUUUCUUUAUUACUAGGAUAAGAUAAGAUAUAGCAAGAUACAAUGGCCGAUCUGUCUAUAUAUAUCUUCUACUCCCUUUUUUUAGCUAUGAAAUUAUCAACUCCCUUACCCAUUCCAUUUGGAAGAAAGAAAAGAAAAUUAAGCAGCUCAGCUAGCUACAGAUGAAGGAAAGAACUAUGCACCAAAGCCAAACCAUGGUGGCUCUUCAAGUCGGAUUUGCAAUGCUCAUCCUUCUAUCUACUCAUAAUUACUGCGGGGUAGAAGCAGAAUUCAUGGUCUGUAACCGUACAGCAUUUGAGAGUAUGAAACUUGAUAUGAGCAAUUUUCGCUUUUGUGACAAGAGCCUGCCAUACAAGGUGCGAGCCAAGGAUCUGGUUGAUCGAAUGACACUGGGCGAGAAGGUGGCACAGCUUGGGGACAAAGCCGUGGGAGUGCAACGCCUAAACCUACCAGGGUAUGAGUGGGCGUCGGAGGCACUCCAUGGUGUUUCAGACGCUGGUCCCGGCACACAUUUCAGUGAAACCGUGCCUGCAGCGACCAGCUUUCCCACUGUUAUCCUCACCACCUCCUCUUUCAACGAGACCUUGUGGAAAACCAUAGGCGAGGUUGUCUCGAAUGAAGCAAGAGCUUUGUACAACCUAGGACUGGCUGGAUUAACGUUUUGGAGCCCAACCAUUAAUGUUGCUAGGGAUCCAAGGUGGGGAAGAAUUAUAGAAACACCCGGAGAAGAUCCUUAUGUGGUUGGGCGUUACGCUGUCAAUUACGUAAGAGGACUGCAAGAUGUGAAAGGCUAUGAGAAAACAAGGGAUCCAAACUCAAGGCCUCUCAAGGUUGCAGCAUGUUGCAAACAUUUUGCAGCUUAUGAUGUCGAUAAUUGGAAGGGGGUUGAUCGCUACCACUUCGAUGCAAAGGUGACGGAGAGGGAUAUGGUGGAGACCUUUGUUCUACCAUUUAAGAUGUGUGUCAAGGACGGAGACGUAGCCAGUGUCAUGUGUUCAUAUAAUCGAGUAAAUGGCAUACCUGUCUGUGCUGAUCCCAAGCUCUUGAAUGGGACAAUCAGGCAGAAUUGGAAUCUCAAUGGUUACAUUGUUGCUGAUUGCGAUUCCGUCGAAGUUAUGGUUAAUGGCCACAAAUUCCUUAAUGAUACACCAGCAGAUGCUGUUGCGCAAGCACUCAAAGCAGGGAUGGAUCUAGAUUGCGGGAAAUACUACCCAAAUUAUGCGACACAAGCAGUGAAGGAAGGGAAGGUGACGGAAGCUGAAAUCGAUGUGUCUCUAAAGAACCUUAUCAUUGUUCUAUUGAGACUUGGGUGGUUUGAUGGUAACCCUGGUGGGUACUCAGGACUCGGGAAGAAUGACGUAUGUUCUCCGGCGAAUCUCGAGCUCUCGGCCGAGGCCGCAAGGCAAGGCAUAGUCUUGUUAAAAAAUGAUAAGAACACUUUGCCAUUGGUCGUCGGCACCGGAAGGCCCAAGUUUGCCGUUAUUGGACCCCAUGCAAAUUCUACCGUAGCAAUGAUCGGUAACUAUGCAUUAAAGAGUGGUGUAGCAUGCCAUUAUUCAAAACCAAUUGAUGCCAUCGCCGAGUAUGGAGAUGUGGUCUAUGCACCUGGAUGCCAAGGAGUCAAAUGCCCCAAUGGUGAUGGGAUCAAUCAAGCAGUACAAGUCUCCAAACAAGCCGAUGCAACCUUCAUCUUUGUUGGAUUGGAUCUAUCUGUGGAAGUUGAGACCUUGGAUCGAAAUGAUCUCAACUUUCCUGGCUUUCAGAAGGCUCUCAUCACCAAAAUUAGUGAAGCUGCCACCAAGCCUAUCAUUGUCAUCAUUUUCUCUGCUGGAGGCGUUGACAUCUCCUUCUUGCAGCAAGACCCAAAGGUUCAAGCCAUCAUUUGGGCAGGUUACCCUGGGGCUGAGGGUGGCCGUGCCAUCGCAGAUGUCAUUUUUGGCAAGUACAAUCCAGCUGGUCGUCUUUCGAUUACAUGGUAUCCGGCGAGCUAUGUAGAUGAAUUACCGAUGUCAUCAAUGUCACUGAGACCAGUCCCUGAGUCUAAGUACCCAGGAAGGACAUACAAGUUCUAUAAUGGAUCAACCAUCUAUCCCUUCGGUUAUGGAUUGAGCUACACCACCUUCAGAUAUGCCAUUAAGUCUGUAACAAAUCCGAUUACUUUGAACUUGGGGCAGUUCCAACAAUGCAAGCAAAUCCAGUUCUUGGAUGGUAGGAAGAUAGAUUGCCCAGCCGUUCUAGUGGAUGAGACACAAUGCAAUCAAACGGUGAUGGUAAAAGCUCAAGUGACCAACACUGGGAAAAGGGAUGGAGCAAACGUUGUGUUUGUAUACUCUGUCUCACCAUCAGGCAUUGUUGGAGCACCUAUCAAGAGACUUAUUGCAUUCAAGCGAGUGCUUUUAGUAGCAGGAACGUCACAAGUAGUGCCAUUCAUGUUGAAUGCCUGUCGCGAUUUCAGCAUUGUAGCAGAGGAUGCUUAUGAGCUAUUGCCAUCAGGGCAACAUACGAUCAUUGUUGGAAAUGGAGAUGAUGGAGUUUCAACUCAAAUUUCUGUUGGUUUUAACCACAAUUAGUUUCAAUACAACUUUAUUUCAUUUGGGUCUCCUCUUCGAAUUUGGAUCCCCUCCCCCUAGGGGAAUCAAAUUCGACUCCUCUCUAAUUAAUUGGUGUCCAAUUAAUUAUCCACGGGUUGGGAGGACUCUCAACAUGCAACAUAAUACAUGGCAUAUAUCCUCAAGUCUUUUAAACCCUUAGAUCAUUAAUUGGCGUCCAAUUAAUUGGAGAGGAUCUUUUGCCUAGGUAACUUCCCCAUCCUAUCUACAACCGUGGGAGAGGAACCCAACUCCUCCUCUGCCCCUUGUUUCAAGGUUAUGGAACUAAUAAUGUAACCUUUUGUGUUAAUAUGUCUAAUAAAGAAAGUCUUUUCGUUAUUGCAUCAA